AUGACGAAGAUCUCCUCGGUUUUGAUUGCCGACGAUAUUGAACAAGAGUGUGUUGAUAUUUUGCAGAACGCAGGGAUUCAGGUUAAUUUUAAGAUUUCAUUUAUUCUAGUUGUUUUGAUUUGAGAUAAAUUCGAAAAUAUUCCAGGUUUCAAUUAAAACAAAACAAACUAAAGAACAACUGCUCGAAUCUCUGCCACAACACGAUGCCGUCAUUGUGAGAAGUGCGACCAAGGUAAAAGAAAAUUAUUUUGAAAAAAAGUUGAUUUGUAUCAAAUUUCGAAGCUAGUAUAUAGACUAUAAUUGUUGGAAAAAAAUCAAAUUUUUCAACAAAAUUUUUCAAGAAAAAAAGUCAUUUUUUUCGCAGUGUAUUUUUCAGAAUUUGAAAAAAAUUUCAAGUUUUGCCGUUUUUUUGGUAUGAUAAGAUAGCCUAUCCUUAACCAUUUUUAAAUUUUGAAAUGAUUUCUGAGGGAAUUUGAAAUGACUUGAGUUGAAAUUUGAAAAAAGUUCUCUCACAAGGGAACUUUUUUUUUCUCGAUUUUAUUUUUUUAGUACUGAGCCUUCAAAUCACACAAAUACUGAAAAAAAGGCGUUAUUCAAGAGUUUCGAAGCUUCAUAACUCAGUAAAAAAAUAAUUUUUGGAGGAAAAAAAUUUUUUUCUUUUUUUCUGAAAUCAGGAGGCUCUGAAAUACACUCCAAGGAAUUUUCAUCAACCAAGGGCCAAAAACGGGCCCCUUUUAGAUCCCAGACUUCUAAAAAAUACGUAUUUUUCAUUCAAAGUCUCGAGAAAGCUGUUCAAGUCGACCUCUUGAAAAAAUGUCAUUUUCAAGAUCACCUCCGAGCUCCUGGACGCGGCGGCAGGUAAACUGAAGUUGGUCGGACGCGCCGGUACCGGCGUCGACAAUAUUGACGUGCCGGCGGCCACGCGGAACAACGUCCUCGUCAUGAACACCCCACGUACGCUUGUUUUCUUGCCCUUCCAACUGGGAAUUGAUAUCGCAUCAACAAGAGGAAGUUAAGGUGGAUCGAACGCAGAAAAAUGCCACAAUAAAGGGAAGAAAAGGCCGUUACGACUUUGAGAAGAGGGAAAACUAUUGCACGGACAUUGGUAACGCGAAACGGACGUUUCUGGGCAUAUCUAGUGACCAUUUUAGUACCGUCAGAACUCUUAAGUGAUCCCUAGAAUCGCCCAAAAACGUCCGGAGCACGUCCUUUUAUCGAGGUCCGAGUAGCACGGGGAUUUUCGAAAAAAAGAUCUUUUGCGCGUCUUUACUUUUUUUUAGGGCGGUUCCAUAUAGACAGCAACAAAGUAAAAAUGUUCAUCUACACAUUUUUAGACAGCUAGGCGAACUUGGGGGCUUGAAAAUCUGUAGAUGAUCAAUUUGCUGUCUCUGAAUAAUUUCAGAGCAAGUUCAUCGUUUAAGAUUGAAAAUCCUCUAAAAUCUAAAGAUUCAUCAGUGGAAAAUAACUCAGGCGAAUAAUUGGAAAGCAUUGUAAAGGUAACCAGCAGGAGGUUGGAAGGUGUAGGGAAGCUAGAAGGUCGUGGGAAAGCCUUUGGAAAGUGUUCGGAAGGUAAAAAUGAAGAAUACCUGCCAGAAGCCUUUCCAGAUGCCUGCUGGAAUGAUUCUGGAAAGCUUCCGGCAGCUUCUUUUUCCUAAGUAGAAGAUAUUGGGAAGCUGUGUGGAAGGCGUUUGAUCACUUGCUGGAAAGCUUCCAAAUGCCUUCCGAGAAACCGAAAGCAGAAGCUUCCCAACUUUUACCUGAGAAAGAGAAAACUCCACUGAAAAACUUUCACGCAAUCUCCAUGGAGAAACUCAUUCCAGAAGCGAAUUCGCGCUCUGCCGCCGAGCUGACCUGCUCGCUGGUGAUGGCCCUAGCUCGACACGUCCCCCAGGCGGCCGCGUCGAUGAAGGAGGGCAAAUGGGCUCGGAAGGACUACAUGGGCGAGGAGGUCUUCGGCAGGACCCUGGCUGUUCUUGGCCUCGGCCGGAUCGGGACUGAAGUCGCCUUCCGGAUGCAGGCCUUCGGCAUGCGCGUCAUCGGAUUCGAUCCCGUCGUCAGCAAGGAGGUUCCGAAAAUCUUUUUCUCGGAUUUUAUCGAGAAGAACGUUCCAGCAAGCCGCCGCGAGGAACAUCGAACUGCUGAGUUUGGAGGAGAUCUGGCCACAAGCCGACUACGUCACCGUCCACGUUCCCCUCAUCAAGCAGACGGAGAAUCUUAUCAAUAAAGAGUGUAGGUUUUUCACGUGAAAAUGGUGGUGUCUCAAGAAGAGAAGUACUUGAGAGAUCUGGAGAAAACAUGAACGUAUAUUUAAAAAAAUGGAACUUUUUAGUUGCAAACAUUUAGUGAAAAAAAUUUCUUAAUGGUUUCAUUCAAUACUUGAAAUCGAUCAUUUUUUUGAAAAAAGGCUCUAGUGAUCUCUGAAGCUUGUAAUCCUACAGUGACCAAUGCAAUUUUAAAAACAUGUCAGGGAGGGGUUUCGAAAAGUUGAGAAGUCUAUAUGUACUGAUAAAAAAAGCCGUCCUUUUUAAUUCUGAGCUAUAUUUCAAUUAUUUUCCGAAUACUAAAUGGACUUCUUUUUUCAUAAAACUUGACUUAUUCUUCGAAAGAUGAAGAGGAAUCAAUUUGAUGAAAUUUUCUUCAUUUUAACUCAUUUUUAUUCGAACAGGAUGAAAAUUGUCUCGUUUUUAACUUGUUUUGUGUUAUUUUGCCUCGAAUUUCAAUCUCUACUGCAUAUAUUACGACCUUCAAAACGCAGUUUACCUGGGAAAAUACCGAACUUUCAGUGCUGGCCAAGAGAAAAAGGCGCUUUUUUUGAAAAAUUAUGAAAAAUGCAUGGUUUCUGACUUGUUUUUAGUUGCAUUGCCUCGAAAUUCGACCUAAAAAAGCCAUUUGGAGCUUCAUAUCGAUCACAACCCAGUUUCCCUGCAAAAUAAAUGGAACUUUCAGCGCUGGCCGAGUGCAAGAAAGGCGCUUUUUGUUUUAAAAUGAUUAAGAAUGCUUCGUUUCAACGUGUUUUGGGUUCAAAAUGCCUCGAAUUUCGACCCCUACUGCAUAUACUUUGACCUUCGAAACCCAGUUUUCCUGCAAAAAUAUCGAACUUUCAGCGCUGGCCAAGUGCAAAAAAGGCGUCCGGGUGAUCAACGUGGCUCGCGGCGGGAUCGUCAACGAGGCGGAUCUCGUCGAGGCGCUCGACAGCGGCCACGUCGCCGGCGCCGCGAUCGACGUCUUUGAACAGGUCCGCAAGCGAGUUCCCGAAGCCCAGUGAUAGGGAAGGCGGCUAGUUUGUAGGGGGAUAAAUCAAGCCCAGAUAAGAAUUUAGAAAGGCGGAAGUGGCAACCGGAAAAUAAAAUUGAUAGCUUUGCGUUCCUAUUUUUUUGUUUUUGAAUAUGAAAGAAAAAUACGACUUGUCUCGAAAAAUUGGCUUUGAAAGCUUGAUUUUUUAAAGAGGAGCUUUUCUAAUGACUUCCGGUUUUUCCUUCAAAUUGCUGAAGAACUCCAACUUUUUCUCACAACUUCCACGUUUUUGAAUGUGAGCCAUAUAGUAAGAUUAUGAGGAGACAGUUAUGAAAAAAAAAGUCAUGAAAACGGGUAAAAAAAGUCGGAAAGUUAUCAAGCGACAAUUCAAAAAAUAUAUAUUGAUGAAUAAUUUUUAGGAGCCACCAGCGUUCCGAGAACUCGUCGACCACCCACGGGCCAUUUGCAUCCCUCAUUUAGGAGCUUCAACGAUUGAUGCUCAACUUCGGGUCGCCUCGGAAAUCGCCGAGAACAUUGUACAGCUCAAUCAAGGAACCGUCCUUGGCGUUGUGAGUUUUAAACAGGAAAAUUGAACAAAAUUUGUGUUUGAAUUUGAAAAUCUAGGUCUUUUUGAAUUGUUAGGGAAUGAAAGUCCCUCUUCUAAACACGUCAGAAAUUAAAAAUCCUAUAUUUUUGCUUCCAAUUCAGUGUUUGAUAUCUUCCUUAGAAAAACCAGUUUCAAAAUUUCACCUUUAUGAUUUUUUUUUGUUUUUCAUACUUUUCUAGCUUGAAAUACUUCAUAUCUAUCCUACAAGUUAACGCCUGAGCAUUUUUGGAAGAAUUAUUUUUGUCAAUCUUCUGUACUUCUUUUAUCAGCUUACUCUUAUCACCUUCGGUCAAGUCCGGUCCAAAAAAAAAGUAAUGACGAUUCGUACAGUGGCGCGCCCCAGACCAAAUGAUAAGAUAACUAGUUUGAUAGGGAAAAGAUUACUUUGAACCUUGUCCGAAUCUUAUCACCUUCGGUUUCAGUUGAACGCGAAUGAAGUCCUCCGAUAG